AUGGCAGCGCUGGGCAGAUCUUGUCAGGGCAUCCCCUCAGGCGCCGCCGUGGAGUUUCCCCAGGUCCCCGCCGCGGCCCAUGACCCUCACGGUCCUGCGGCAGCUGUGCGGGACGAUCUCCAGUCCGGAGCCUUCGGCCACGACCGUCUGCAGCCGCCCAUGGUGAUAACGGCAGGGAACGAAAACGACGGCGGUGGUUCCUCCGGCCUGUACCUGCAAAGCGGCUUCGACAUUGCCUCGCUGGCCGCGCUCGGGAGUUGCAACGAGGGACUGCCCGUGGCGCCGGUGGGUUCCUUCACCAGUGCGGCUCGUCCGCACGGCCUGCACCUGCCGCCGGGCCACAGCCAUGUCUCUGUUCGCUGUGGAAAGAAGCAUAAGCUAGAAGAAGAGGCAGAAGGUUGUCCUGUACGGAAGAAGAGGCUGACAGGAGCCAAAAAUUGCCCUUUGAAUCCCAGCACUGAAGAAUGGAUUCUCUGUGCAGGUCAGCAGGCAGCUGGGGAGGUAGCCAGUCAGUGUGGUGGCAGCGGUCCUGAAACUGCCAUGUUAGAAAUUCCCUGUGAAGAAAUGGAUCAAACACUGGGGGAACAGCAAUGCGAGGUUGCUCGCAGGAAGCUUCAGGAGAUUGAGGACAGGAUAAUUGAUGAAGAUGAGGAAGUUCAUGCUGAUGGAAAUGUUAGCAAUCUGCCCACUCUUAUCCUGUCAGAUACCCUUAAAAAAGGGAUGAAGAGGGAUUUUGGUGAAGUCCUGACAAAGAAAAUAAUAGAGUCUAUGAGCCGUCCCUCGAUGGAGCUGGUGCUUUGGAAACCUCUUCCUGAGUUCCUCACAGAUAAACUGAAGUCUGUUUCUGUUAAGAACAUCAAGCAGCAAAGUACAGAAGGGUGUCAAGCUAAGCCACCAGCACCAAGAGCUGCUUUUGCCCCACAGACUGACACAUUCCCUGAGUCACAACAGACUGCCAUGUCUCCAGAUCCAUAUGCUAGUUUGGGAAUCUCUGGGUGUGCAGAAGAAGAAAUGGAGUUGUAGAUAUCAGAUUUUAGGAAGUGGUGAGCUUCUGAUGGUUUUUGUUGCUGUUUUUUUGAUUCCCACUUUCUUCCUGGUUUGAUGUGUGAAUCCAAAGUUUUACUAUUUGUUUUUUGUUUUCCUGCUAACAAUCCUAAGAACAUGGAUUGUCCAGACACAACUUCAUGAAACCGACCCCCCACAAUUUCUGUAGGCGGGUCUUGCUUUUACUGAGAAGUCAAUCCAGAGGCGUUUGGAAUGCAGACAUAGCUUUUCCAUCUUGCUUAGUGGUGAAACAUCCUCUUUAUUGUACUUUGGUAAAGUAUAAAAACAAAUAUUGAAUGUAACUGUGGCUUAAGCCACAUCUCUCACUUACUGAGCCAUUAAGUCUUUGGUGCACAUACUACGCUUGUCAGUUAAUUCAAUUUGAGUUACACAGAGGUAUGGAAAGGAAGGAACGAUUCAGAAUCCAGUCACAGCUAGCAAAGCAGCCCCUAUGGAAAUGCAGCUUUUCACACUGCCCCAUCUGUGUCUGGUUUGUGCUUGAUGCAAACGUGUGGUGGUGAAGGGAGUUAGAGCUGAUACAAGCCUCUUGCUUUGUAGAAGCUCACACCAGCUGCCGACCUGCAAAAUACUCACUCACUAUAGUCAUCUCUUGGGUCAUCGGCCCCUACAUGGUGGGGCUUUUGUGUUCCCCUCCUCACAUGAUACAGAGUCUGGAGAAAAGCGGUUCUCAGCCAGCUGACUGACAUUUGACCUUGUGCUGUAGCUCCUUGUGUGCAUCAGCUGGCAGUCAGUUGCAGGCCACCUUGGUGCUGCUGAAGUAAAGGGCACAGUCAGUGCAGCAGGGAGCUGGCUUACUCUGGCAUGAAGAGGGGCAGAUCCUGAUUAUUGUCUGUAACCAAGCCCCUGAUUUUGAGACUUGCUGGUGGGUGAAGUGUCUUCCCCUGAGGGACUCUAGACUUCAAAUUUAAGCCAGAACACGUGCCAUGGACAUAAAUUACAGAGAGGUAUGCCAAAAGAAUUUUGUAUCCUGCUUGGAGUGUUAGAGAAUCCUCAGUGAGUUACUGCUUGUACCUUUCCUUAAUGCACAACAGUUCCAUUAUGCUUAAAACCCUUAAAGCAAAGAGUCUUCUCUGAGAAAGCCCAAGGGAUUAAGAGCUGUAUGUGAGUUGAGGCUUUUCCUGAGAGAUCCCUCUCCAUCUGAUGGGUUCUGUUCAGAGUUGCAGUGGGGCAGUCUGGUUUUAACAUCUGCUUAGGGUAAAGCCAGCAAGCACACAGCAGUGCAGCUGUUUGUGAGAAAAACCUCUUCCUGUGCAAGGUUCAUGGGGGAAGCUUUGUGCUCAGAUUCUUUAUUGUUGGAGACCCCAGAGCUGGUACUUCAGAGCCAAGCUGGUCUUUUCUGCAGUCAUCCUUUCUUUUCUCCUGGCUGCCACCAGCAGCUUUGUUCAGAGGGUGCCCUGCUUGUUAAGUCCUGUCUGUCUUGCUGUUCCUCUCCAAGCUUGGGUGACAUUUGCUGUCUCUUGCCAAGGCAUUUCAGAGCUCCACUAAGCCCAUUCUAACACUUGAAUAGGUACUGCUCUGGAAACUGGCCUAUAAUUUUGCCAGUCUGGAAGCUUUUUUAGCUUGGAAAACAUGUGCAGCUUUAUCUUGCCAUUAUGGCCACUUUUGUUCCAGGGUCUGCUAUAAAUCUCUCGCAUGUGCUAUGUAAAUUUUUUUUUCUUGUAUUAUUAUUAUUAUUAAGCUGCUGAACAUGCUUAAAAAUCCACAGCCUCUGAUGUGCUCCAUUGCUUCAACACAAAGCAAUGCUGGCUGGAGAAGGCUGUAGUCACAGUGAGUAGAAAAAAUGUGGUGCCUCCACAGCCUGGAGGAUUAUAGUGAAAAUUCAGCAUUGGAACUGGUUUAGUUGACGACUCUGAAUCCCAAAUAAGCUGAAAAGAAAGGAUUGAAAGUUUUGAUUAAACCAUCUCAGCAACACUAAAAUUGCAAGAGGAUGGAGAAAACUGUCAAACCUACAUUUUCCUCUUGAAAAGACAAAUGAAAUGUGCAGAUUGCUUCCACGUUUGUUUUUUACCCUGUUCAGUUUGUACCAAAGGUUGACUUUCAGAGGUGUAUUUCCUCUUAGUCAUUUGAUGGUAAUGGGGCGUCCCUGCUCCUUCUUAUUCUGCCACCUGAAACAGGAACGUAGUAUGGGGCUGUUGACCAAGACUGAGAUGGGAAAAACUGUCCAAGACGUUUGCUUUGGGAGAAAACUUUUUUUUUUUGAUCAUAAUUAAUUUCUGUCCUUGUGGUAGGAGAGGACAGGGUUCAAUCAUUUAAAAUUGGUGAAGGAGAAGGGGAGGAACUGAGUGUCCAGGAAAACUAAGUCAAGAGUCUUGCUGUAUCAGUCAUUUGGAGAGGGUAAGAGAGAACUUUCACUGUGUUCUCACUCCUCUGUGUGUUGUAGCAGUUUCCUUUUUUGGGUUUCUUGAAAGGCGUCUCUUGCUGCAGUUCACAGGCAGGCUGGCAAAUGUAAUGCAGUAUUAGGGAAAAACUUUAUUUUGAAAUUCAGAAGAUCUGAUUCUGGUCUGUGUCCUCUUGGGACCAACUCACCCUUUGUA